AUAUUAGCAACACUUUAGUAUAUUUGACUGGAUUUAUCAAUCGGAUUGAGUAACAAUAUUUAAAUCUAAUAAAUCUAUUAGCACAAAGCUUAAAGAAAACUAAACAUUAAGAUAUGUUUUCUUCAAUAAAAUAUAUAUAAUCUGUGACGUCCUAAUAAAGUUUGACUAAAUACGAUUCGACUUCUCCUAGAAGAAGAGGUUUGUGCAUGAGAAACAUCGUGGAUAAUUUUGUUUUCAAAUCAGCAGAAGUAACAAUUGAGAGAGCAGCAACAAAGGCACAAGCUUAACGAGUUGCUGUUGUUAAGCACGCCACACAGCUUUAGAAUGAAAUGGAGAUGCAAGGUGAGGCUGGUCAUAGACCAACAAAAGAAGCAGCAGCGACACCGACACCUGAAGCGCCAACAGGCGAAACAAGUACUACGACAACAUUCACAACUAAGCCGCACGAGUUCAAUUGUCGUGUGGCACAAACGGCACAGCCCGAGCGCUGGCAGCCGUUCAUUAGCUGCGAGGCGACACAGAGCGGCAGCAACAAUUCCUACAACAACAGCACCAGCAGCAACACAACAUUCCAUUGCACAUUGCAGGGCUUCGAUAGAAACGAUGAUAACGCCUUUUAUGCCUGCAGUACUGUAUUCGAAGAGUCCGAGGCAGAGGCAUCCGUAUUAAAGCCUUGCAUACUAGAGACGCAACUUUUGAAGCCGCAACACGAGGCGUAUGCGCAAUUCGAACUGGAAAUCAAUGGGGCCGUUAGUGAUAAUGUGAGUGAUACGUUUAGUUUUAGUAGCAACUGCAAUCGGCAGCUGCUUCUAUGUGAGUCCAUGGAGGAGGACCUGUUGUGCCAACUUCAGCUAGAGCCGGAUACUGUGAGCCCCACAGCCCCACAGACAGCCACGAGCUGGCUGAACUAUAACAUUGAACUGGGCGACAGCCUGUGGUCUUGGCUGAACUUCAGCGAAAUGGUGGACAAUGUCAGUGUUGGCACUGGCAACGAAAGUGCCAGCAAUUCAACGACUAGCUUGGACAUGAUACUCUCUAAUUACACGCUGUCCGACACAACACUGGGCACAACAACAGCAACAACAACGGCAGCCGACAUUGUCAUAUCGAGGAGUUUCCUUGACUACUCGCCACAUGGCUACGAUUGGCUGUUUUUUUUCGUCGUCUUUUUCAUAUUUGCCGGCGGCUUGGGCAAUAUACUCGUCUGCCUGGCCGUCGCCCUCGAUCGCAAGUUGCAAAAUGUCACCAACUAUUUCCUCUUCUCGCUGGCCAUAGCCGAUCUGCUCGUCAGCUUGUUUGUCAUGCCCAUGGGCGCGAUUCCAGCAUUUUUGGGCUACUGGCCACUUGGCUUCACCUGGUGCAACAUCUACGUUACCUGCGAUGUGCUCGCCUGCUCCUCGAGCAUAUUGCACAUGUGCUUCAUCAGUCUGGGCAGGUACAUGGGCAUACGUAAUCCACUGGGCUCGCGACAUCGUUCCACAAAGCGUCUGGCUGGCAUCAAGAUUGCCAUUGUCUGGGCCAUGGCCAUGGUUGUGUCCAGCUCAAUAACGGUGCUGGGCCUGGUCAAUGAGAAGAACAUAAUGCCCCACCCAAAUGUGUGUGUGAUUAACAAUCGCGCCUUCUUUGUCUUCGGCUCGCUGGUGGCGUUCUACAUACCAAUGCUGAUGAUGGUCUCGACAUACGCACUCACCAUACCGCUGCUGCGCAAGAAGGCGCGCUUUGCCGCCGAGCAUCCGGAGAGCGAACUGUUCCGUCGGCUGGGAGGCCGUUUCACAAUACGCCCACAGCACGGCCAGCAACAGAUGCAGAUGCACAGCAGUUUCAGCAGCAAUAAUUACAGCAACAACAAGAGUGUGGCAAUGGGUGACAGCAAUCGCAAUAUUAACAAUGUGGGCGUGGGCGUGGGACAAGCAAGGACAAGGUGCACCAGUUCAGGGGGCGCCGGCAGCAAUAUUGAGUGCUCAGAUCGGCCAUUGAUGCAGCAGCGAGCAACCAGCAAUCGAGGCGUCGCCAGCGUCAGCUUUCGCAAUGUGGUCAAUGGAGGCGGCUGUGAUGGGAGCAGCAGCAGCAACAGCGGAAAUGUGAAUAAUAUGGGACGCACUAACUUCCGACUUGCUGGCAGUGGCAUCUUACGGCAAUCGUCUACCCCACCACAAACCACAAACAUCUCGUCCACAUCUUUCUCGGCGCAUGGCAGCUCCCAGGCGAACAGCUUCUGGCGGAAGCGCGCUGGCAAUCCCUAUCUCAUGGACAGUCAUCCGAAUCGACGGGCCUCGGUGCGCGGCAGCGUCUCGCAGCCACAAUUGGGUUACGCAACGAAUGGAAACGGCAAUGGAGGUGGCGGAGGCAAUGUAACUGGCGGAGCAACAGUUGCGACAACCAGCUGCAUAAGUGGUGGAGGCGCUGGCGAUGGAGGCCCAAACAGAAUGAACAUAGCCACCGUUCAGGCACAAGGUGGUGGCACUGGCAACGGUAAUGACAAUCAGCAGCAGGUGACGACAACGACGAUGGGCCAAACACGAGCGACAGGUGUGCGACGCCACAAGCUGCUCCCCUUCAAGCUACCUUUCAAUCGUGUUGCCACGCCUACGCUCAACUUGAGAUUUCUGAACAAUCGCGCCAAGCGCAACAGUCUCUCGGCAAACGCAGUGGCAACGGAGCAAAAGGCAACCAAGGUCCUGGGCCUGGUCUUCUUCACUUUCGUCCUGUGCUGGUCGCCGUUCUUUAUACUGAACAUCAUAUUUGCCGCCUGUCCCGAAUGCCAGGUGCCCGAGCACGUGGUCAACACCUGCCUCUGGUUGGGCUACGUUUCCUCAACGAUCAACCCGAUUAUUUAUACCAUCUUCAAUCGGACAUUUCGUGCCGCAUUCAUUCGUCUCCUAAAAUGCAACUGCGAACGCUCGGGCCGCCCGUUACGCUAUCGCUCCGUGACCGAAGGGCGCAGCGCCUUGAGUCUGUGCGCACCAUCGGCCCUGCCGCUGGCCAUCUCGUUCCAGGGGCCACCACUAAUGACGCCAUCCACGACAAAUGCGACGCCGCUGAGUGAGUUCCGGAGCAGUUAUACAAUCAGCGAUGACGAACGCUGAGCACAGCGUUCAGUCAGUCAAACACGAAUUUAUGGGCUCCGUUGGCACGAAAAAGCAGGUAAACGAGGCAAACUUUAAAUAAAUAGACGCUAGGACGCAUUGGCGACGCACUCAAUAGCCAGACACACUUACUGUGCAAACUUCAAAAUGUACUUUGAGCUGACAACCAAAUGAAAUCAGGAUAUAACUACAGGGUGAUUCAUUCCAACUCAAACAGAAAUCAAAGCAGACUAUGAAGCCGGACGAAACUAUUGAACCGAAACAGGUAGUCAAAUUGCAAAUACAGGGUGACUCAUUCGAAAUCAACUCAAUUGAUGACAAGCUGAAUUCCAUUCAGAGCAACACGACGAUUACCAUGAACUACAGGGUGUUUCAUUCAAAAUCAAAUCAAGUAUUAUAAUGAAACAUAAAAUCAAUUAUGAAUUACCAGAUGAAUCUCUAAAAAUCAAACUAAACCAUAUAAAUACAGUCGGUAACUAAUAUUGAGUGUAUCAACUUUAAUCAAAAAUAAAGUUAAUAAAAAGGAUGCAACUAGAGACAGUAUCAAUAGCCGGAUAAAUAUAUUGCGCAAGCAAAUCUAAACUACGUUGAAUAAUUCAAAAUAUAGUGUAAAUGUCUAAUUAGAGGAUUAGAGCAACGGCUAACGAUGGCCACAAAAAAUAUUCAAACUUUAAAUUAAGCAUAACAUCAAAUAUAAACUACAGGGAGAUUCAUUCAACCAAAAAAUAAAAUAUGUGGCAACUGUACCUAUACACAGCAAGAGCAAAAUAAAAAGGAGGAGUCGAAAUCGAUAAGCCAGUUCGUCUGGCAAACUUCAAGCUGAACUAUCCAAAAUAGACACCAGCUGAGCCACUCAAACGAAAGCUAAAUGUUAUUAUGAGCGGUUCCACUGUACCUAUAAGAAAAGAAACUAUUUAGUAAACUCUAUCAUAUCAUCAGCCAACGUAAGGAAGAGCGAGACAUUGUGCGUAUUAAUUAGGUUCAACUGUACCUGUCAUAUUUCACGCUAUUAUAUUGUAGCCAUGUGUCAACUGUACUUACUAUCUUAGCAUUUUAGGAGCAUAAAUCACAUAUAUA